CGUGAUUUUUGUGAGUUGCUCCAGCGUUCAUCAUGUCAUGGACUGAUAGGUAAGCCUAAUAUAAACUCAUGAAUAUUAUUUAUUGAAGUUAUACACUGAAUAUUGUAAGUAUAGGGUUCCUAAAAUAUGCUUAUUUGCGUUUCACAUGGAAAUUACUGUUUUUUAUCUAUCAAUACUAAGGUUAAAUAUUGAUGUUCACAUAUGUCGACGGUGGGAACGACUGGUAGGGGCGAUAGUUGUUGCAAUUAUUUGUUUGUUUUCAGGCUAACGGUCGCUGAAAUCGCCAGUAUUUUAGAAGAAGAUGGAGAUAUUGUCGAUCCAACAUUUUUCAUAGAUCCACCUGAAAAUGCAGCCAUCAGCGAGUGUGAUUCCGAUGAUGAUACUCCUACAGGCAACAUAAAUCAUUUAUCUGGUAACCAACUCCGAGCUCGUGGUGAAUUGAUAGGAAGAAAGUUAACUGAUGAUGGGCUAGUUGAAUUUAGAAUCGGCGAAAUAGAGGAAGAAGAAAUAAGUCAAGAAAAUACUGAAGAAGAAGGCAAAUGUGAACAAGAAGUAAACGAAGAAGAGAGUGUAUCAAUAAGCACAAAUAAAAAUACUGAAGAACGAAUUAGUGAAAAUGUGACUGAGAAAAAUUCGAAGAAGAGGAAACAAAAGAAAGAUGUGAACAAAAAGAAGAAGAAGAAGGUGAAAGUGCUCAAGAAAAUUCGUAAAUGGCAAGAAAAUGACAUUGCAGAUAAGACUUCUAUAGAGUUUACUCGGGCAAAUUUCUUGGAAAAUGACUAUUCUCCAGUAGAGCUUCUUCAGGAAGACCAAGUAUGAAAGUGUCUAAUAGGGUUCUGCCGGAAGUUCGUUUCAGUGGUAAGGAUCAUUUUCUGGAAACCGUCGAAAAACAAGUACGCUGUGCAUUGUGUUCCAAAGCAACCAGAAAAAAAUGCAAAAUAUGCAAAUUUGGUUGCCAUGUGUUGUGUGCAGAGGCAUUCCACACCCGCUAAUGAUUCGUCAAGUACAUAAUUAACAAUGUAAUGAUGCAAUAAACCUUUUUAAAAAUCAAUUGUCAAGUAAUUUGUAAUGUAAUGAUGUAAUAAAAUGUUUUCAUAAUCAAUUUUCAAGUAAUUUGUAAUUUAAUGAUGAAAUAAAACACAUAAAAAUAAAUAAUAGUACUUUUUCAACUACCAGAAUACACCCCACCGUUCAUUCCCAAUGUCGACAAAUGUAGACAUGCAUCUGUUUUAUCUACCUGGGACCGAUCAUUCCCACUGUCGACAUAUGUCGACAUGCUGUAUUUUGUUUGUAUCUACAAAUUUUGCAUAUUUUAUAGUAUAUCUAUAGUGAAUAUGUAAUACUAAAGUAAACUUUUCGUAUAAACUAAGAAAAAAUGAAAAAAUAAUAAUUUGGGAUGAAACGGGC